CUUGAAAUUUUAAACUUGUCACUCGAAUUCUUCACUUCAACUGUACAGGUUCUUUUUUUAAACAAAAAAAUAAUCACAUACAGAAGUUUAAAAAUUCUAUAAAGAGUUUUAAGUUUUAUUAAAUCAGAAAAUAAUAUUUUGAUCAGUCGCUUACCUCAAGUGCUUUGCAGCAGUGUCCAGAACUCUUCAAACAUCCUAGGGUCUGAAAGAAGAAAAAAAAAGGAGUUAGCUCCCAAAAGUUGAUUUUUAAAUUGUUAUUUUGGAUAAAGAUUAUCACUUAUCAAAAAAAAAAUGAUUUCAAUAACAAUCAUCUGUAUACUAAUUUCACUGGCCAGUGGUAAAAAUAUCGAUAGAAUGUCAUUAAUGGAUUUAACAAAUUCUCUCUUGCAAAUGGAGGAAACUAUGAGAAAGCUAGACAUAUCUGAAGAUUCGGCAAUUUUCUUGGGCAACACUAAAGCUGGAAGAAGUACAUUAAUUAAUUACAUAAUUGGCAAUACAUUGAAAGCUGAAAAAAAAUCAAGAUUUGAUCCAGUAGUAAUAGUAAAAGCAGACGAAAAAUCCAAAGGACCGAUUAUUGGCGAUGGACCAACCUCAGUCACUACAACCCCAACAAAAUGGUAUUCGAGAAAUCUUCCCAAUUUGGCCCUUUGGGAUACUCCUGGAUUUGAGGACAAUAGAGGUUCAAUACAGGACAUCACUAAUGCUUUCUCUAUAUUUACAUUGGUGAAAAGUGUUAAAUCAUUAAAAAUUAUUCUAGUUAUCGACAUUAAGGACAUUACGGAAGAUAAUACACAACAGUUUUUAUCACUUUUAACUUCUAUUGAAAAUCUUUUUGGAAAUAAUUUUACCCAUUUUUUUCCAAGUACAACAGUAAUUUUUACUAAAGUGGCCAGAAAUAUUGGCGGUAAUCCAAUUGAUUAUGAAUACGUCAACUAUCACUUAGAAAGUCAUUUUUUAUCAGACACUAAUUUAAGAUGGUCCGAAAUUGCAAAAAAUUUCACACACUAUCUAAUAAAAAAUACUAAACGUGUUGCCCUCUUCAGGAAAAUGAUGAAAACAGGUUACGUUACCAAGGAUGAGGUUGAUGUUGGAAUUUUUGAGGCUAUUAAUAGUUCUACUAAAACAGAAGCGAACCUACUCCAGACGGUACGUCCGAGUAUUUCACCUUCUUCAAUGAUUAGCCUGUACCAAAGUCAAGAAGAAUUAGUGUUAGAGGAGGGAAUUACAGAGAUAGCUUCCAUUCUGUCAUUAAAGGCAAAUAAAACGGAAGAAACUUUAAAUUAUUUGGAGAAUAGAAGAGAAUUAGAAAAAAUUACAAAAGAAUUACAACCAAUCGAAAUGGCUCUUGAAGAAACUUUGACGAUUAAGAAUGAUUUGAGGAAAAAAAUGAAUUCUUUAAUCAACAGUUAUGACAAUAUUAAGGCAGGAAUAGACCAUACCAAAUUGUUGAAAAAUGCUCAACUUAUAAAGUCUACUGAAGAUAAAUUAUAUGUAAACAUAAGUAAACAUUUAGAGUUUAGCAUUGAUGCUAUUGCAUUUUCCAUGAAACUAAAAAUGAGAACAUUGAAUUCCAUUGCUACAAUGAAAUUAGACGGAAAAAAUGACACUUCAAAUGCAACAAUCAUUGUAACUCCAGAAGAAAGAAACAUAUGUUUAGAAAUAUUAACAGAAUUCACGAAGGUGAUAGAUGAAGAUAAUGACAGUUUUCUGUAUAAAAUUAAAACAUUUUUCUUUUCAUUUUACUACGGCAUUAAAUUGACUAUAAACUGUGGGAAUUAAAAAUCGUAAGAUAAAUGACAUAACUCGGAUAUUGAACAUCAUUAAUGAUGAUCCAAAUGUAUUUUCACAAUUCGAAAUAUUUUUAAAUUAUACUAUUUGUUAUCAUGUUCGAAUUUGUGUAAAUUAAUAAUAAAAAAAAUUUAUAAAAAGUA